AGAAAUGAAACUUUUCUAGCACCGUGGCGCUCAAAACACGACUGGGAAUAGAUUUUGGCCAGCUUUUGUUUGGAGCAUGCAAACACCGCGUGUUAGGGUUUCUAGUGUGGCUGAAGGAAGAUGUGCAAAUAGAUACAGAUAUUUAAUAUACAGGCAGCUAUAGAACAUGCUGCCAUAUGACAGAGGAAUACAGAGUUGCUGAGUUUGUACAGCUAUGCUCAAGGUUCCACAUGUGUAUAAAUGCUUGUGAAGACCUUGAAGAAGCUUCAAGAACUAGACAUAACCCUUGAAAUUCUUGCUGAGACUGGAAUUGGUAAAGUGGUGAACUCUUUUCGCAAACAUGACGCUGCGGGGGAAGUGGCCAAGACAUUAGUGCAUCGAUGGAAAAAAUUGGUUCAGAAUCCAAGUAUCACACAGCAACGUCCUCCCUCACCAAAGGACCCAUCGAAGACCAAAAUUCAACAAAUGGACCAAGAAGAAAGGAGUCGGGCUUCACAGAAUACAGUUUGUUCUGAAAGGAAGCCUAAGAAUGAAAAGUCAGGCUCUGAACACAAACCUUCAAAGAAUGUUGAUGGUAAACAUAAAGUGAAGCCAAUUGCAAACAAAUUGAAAGAUUGCAUAAACAACAAGAAAGAUGGUGCAAAGAAAGAGUCCGAUGUGGGCCUCGCAUCACAGAUUUCGAUCACGGAUGGAAAAUUAUUCCAGCCAAAGGAGAAAUCAACCAGUAAUGCGCAUACAGAGCGAAAGGAUGAAGGCAAGCAUAAAGUUUCUGAUGUAACAAAUAAACACCGGCCUAAAAUGUCCACAAAUGGCAAACGUACCACUUUGAAGGAACGUGAUUUGAGUGAGGAAAAAAGGGGGAAAAAAGAUGAGAAAACUAAAGAAAAAGCAGUUGAGAUGGACAAGAACCUUGAGAGUGAUGACUUCGAAACACCAUCCAUGUCUUUUGAGGAAUACUUGAGAUAUGAUCUUGAAGCUCCGAAACGGAAGAAGAGAUUAUGUGAAAGUAAGAACCUGAAACGCAUUAAAGUUGAACAAAAACAGGAUGUCAAAAUGCGUGACUCCAGCACAAAGUCCGGAAAAUCCAUAACAGAAGCCUCAGCGACAGUGGUCUCAAAGAGAAGUGUGAUGGACUUGCUCAAUGUGCCGUUACCCAUAAUUUCUCCUGAGUGUGAGGAUCCUUCUCAAUAUCAGUACUUUACCGAAAAGAAAGUUGAAGAAAAGGCAGCUGAGGUUCGUGAAGAAGCCCCAGUGUUUACUGGUCAGCGGCUGAAUAAAAAGAUGCAGGUGUACUCCGGGGCUAAGGUUGUGUAUCUUCCCUCCAUGAUGACCUUGUACCAGCAAUGCAUCCGAACACUGCAGAACAACAUCGAUUCGCUUUAUGAAAUUGGAGGCGUCCCAUUUGAGAUUUUGGAGCCGGUGCUGGAAAGGUGUACGCCGGAGCAGCUGCUGCGGAUUGAAGAAUGCAAUCCUGUGUACGUAGGUGUGACUGAUCACCUGUGGGAGAGGCACUGCCUCAGGGACUUUAGGAAUGCCCAGCUGGAGGACUACGAGUCCUGGAAGGAGAUGUACCUCAGACUGUUUGAACAACGAGAACGCAAAUUACAAGAGCUCACCAAGAGUAUUGUCUCUGCUCAAUCUGGGAAGCCCAAAGGAAGGCAGGUGAAGAUGGCGUUUAUUCAUUCAGCUGCCAAGCCGCCUAGAAAUGUGCGUAUCCAGCAGGAACUCCAUGGUACAGCAGGCCCCGUGGUCCCUCAUGCCGCAGAAAAACUCAGUGGAAGAAUUACCGAGAAUAGAAGUAAACCAGGCUUCACUGAGCCUCCUAAGCCUUUUAACACUGCAUCAGGAGCCAGCCAGCCUCAAGAUCCACGAAGGAUCAGACGAGUGGCACCAAUGAUGGCCAAGUCUCUGAAAGCCUUUAAAAAGCUUGGACGCAGAUGAAGGAAGAAGGUGAUGAAAUAUAUGGAUUAUGUAUAAAUACUUUACUUUAAUGUUGUCAUGAUGCUGCUUUUUUUUUUCUCCCCCCUCCCUUGUUUAGUUUUUUUUUUUCUUUCUUUCUUUUUUUUUUUUUUUUUUUUUUUUUUUUAAACCUACUUCUAAGUACAUGUUUCUAUAUGGAAGGACAAUUAUGCACUUUCAAUCUGCAUUAAAACACUACUGAUUUGUGCUGUUAUGAAAUGCAAUGGCUGAAUAAAUGAAAUGAC